AUGGUCUCCAGCAACGGAUGGCGCGCUCUGGCACUGUCACUGGCUCUUGUCCCACAGGCAAUGGCAGACAUCUGCGCGACACUCGAGGCCGGUGGCAUUGACAUUGAAAAUCGUAUCUCAUUGGUUUACAAUUAUGAUCUGACCGAGUAUUGGUCCACGGCAUGCGGCGAUCUCAAGCCAACGUGCAUUGCAGCUCCAUCCAGUGCAGCGGAGAUGGCCCAGGUUGUCAAGAACUUGCACAAUGUGGAUACUCUCUUUGCCAUCAAGAGUGGAGGACAUAACCCCAACAAUGGAUUUGCGAGUAUCCAAGAUGGAUUGCUGAUUUCGACUAAGAAUUUGGAUCAGGUUGACUAUAACCCCGAGGAUCACACUGCUAUUGUCGGUCCUGGGCUUUCAUGGGAAGAGGCCCAGAAAGGCCUCGCAGGAACUGGUCGGACUAUCGUUGGAGGACGAAUGGGAGGAGUUGGAGUUGGUGGAUAUAUGCUCGGCGGUGGUAUGAGUUUUCUGAGUACCCAAUAUGGCUGGGCUGCGAACAAUGUCUUGGACUACGAAGUUGUCCUGGCCAAUGGGACCAUUGUCCACGCAUCUGAAAAUGAAAACCCAGACCUCUUCAAAAGCUUAAAGGGGGGCGGGAAUAACUUCGGAGUCGUCACUGCAUACACCCUACAGACGCAUCCUCAAGACCACAAGGUCUGGGGUGGCAACUAUCUUUUCACGGCCGACAAAGCCCCCGAGAUUCUUACGGCGGUGCGCAAUUUCACCGAUGAGUAUCCCGAUGACAAGGCCGCGAUUAUCGUGACAUUCGAGCGCGGUCUCUUGCUGGACCUCUGUAUUAUGUUCCUCUUCUACGACGGCCCCGAGCCCCCCUCUGGAGUCUUCGACGAGUUCACUGCGAUUGAACACACCUCAACGGCCAAGACUUUUGACAGCUACUACGACCUUCUCAAGCACAACGACUUUUUUAUUCUCAAGGGGCAACGCUACAACAUCGCCACCGAGACCACGCCUCUUCCCAACAGAACCGUGGGCAUGGCCCCACUCCAGGAGUACUAUGACCAUUUCCGCAACGUGACUGAGUCCGUCCUCGAAGUGGCCGGUGUCCUAGGCUCAAUUGCCUUCCAGCCCAUGCCCACGACGUUCUCCCAGAAGGCCAAGGACCAUGGAGGAGUAAGACUUCCCUUCCCUACGAAAAUGAGAAACGGGAUCACAUCACUCACAACCUCCCAGGACCUCCUCGAUAUUCCCUCGGAUCAACCGUAUAUUAUCCUUGAGCUUGACUUCUCCUACGGUCUAGCCGUCGACGACGGCAAGAUUGACGCAGCCACCAUUGAACUUUACCAAGGACUGGAUCACCUGGUCCACAAGAACGUCGACCAGGGCCUUCUUCCAGACGUGCAUCGGCCAUUGUUUAUGAAUGACGCAUACUACCGCCAGGACUACUGGGGUCGUCUUAGCCCCGAGUCCAAGGCGCUUGCUCUGAAGACCUGUAAAGCGUAUGAUCCCCAAGGGUUCUUCCAGAAGCGGACCAGUGGAGGCUGGAGAUUGAGGGACUAG